AUGGUGACACCGAAGAGGACAUCCCAAGACCCCACGGUGACACCAAAGAGACCCACUCAAGACCCCACGGUGACACCAUGGACCACCCAGGACCCCCUGGUGUCACCAAAGACCACCCAGGACCCCCCAGUGACACCGAAGAGGACAUCCCAAGACCCCACGGUGACACCAUGGACCACCCAGGCCCCUCUGGUCCCACCAAAGAGACCCACCCAAGGCCCCCCGGUGACACCAUGGACCACCCAGGCCCCUCUGGUCCCACCAAAGAGACCCCCCCAGGACCCCCACCCGGUCCCACCACCAUCCCCACCAUCUCCAUCCCAGUCGCGUGUGGUGCUGCCAGAACCAACGCUGCAAUUCCUGCGCCGUGACGACGUCCGCGCUCAUCUGACCCCCCUCCUGGCAUCACCGGAUACCGGCACCGCGACCUACACCGUGCUGAGCCCCGCGGUGCUGCUGACGGCCCCCAGCCCCACGGCGGCCCGCGGUGCCGCGCGGCGCCUGCAGGACCAGCUGUGUGCCUUCGCCGUGGAGGUGCCGCCACGGUGCCGCGUGCCGGGGCCGGGGUCGCCGUGUUGGCGAAGGCUGCGGUGCUGCGCGGUGUGGAGGAGCGCCGAUGGGUGCUGGGUGCAGGGGCUGACAUUGAAAGGGAUGGAGGAGGAGAACAGGAGCACAGUGAGGGAUGCGGUGAGGGGGGAUGGUGGGGUGGGGACACACGAGGGUCCUAAUGGGGGUCCCAGUGGGGUGGGUCCCAAUGGUGUGGGUCCCAAUGGUGUGGGUCCCAAUGGGGAUCCCAAUGGUGCGGGUCCCAAUGGGGGUCCCAAUGGUGUGGGUCCCAAUGGGGGUCCCAGUGGUGUGGGUCCCAAUGGGGGUCCCAAUGGUGCGGGUCCCAAUGGGGGUCCCAAUGGUGUGGGUCCCAAUGGGGGUCCUAAUGGUGCGGGUCCCAAUGGGGGUCCCAAUGGUGCGGGUCCCAACACAGAUCCCAGUGGUGUGGGUCCCAGCGGUGUGGGUCCCAAAGGUGUGGUUCCCAAUGGGGAUCCCAACAGUGCGGGUCCCAACAGUGUGGGUCCCAAUGGGGGUCCCAACGGUGUGGGUCCCAACGGUGCGGGUCCCAGUGGGGGUCCCAAUGGUGUGGGUCCCAACGAUGUGGGUCCCAAUGGGGAUCCCAACAGUGUGGGUCCCAACAAGGAUCCCAACAGUGUGGGUCCCAAUGGGGGUCCCAAUGGGGGUCCCAACGGUGCGGGUCCCAAUGGGGGUCCCAAUGGUGUGGGUCCCAAUGGGGAUCUCAACACAGAUCCCAACGAUGUGGGUCCCAACGUGGAUCCCAAUGAUGUGGAUCCCAACGCGGGUGUUGAGAAGCGGCCCAGCGCAGAUCGUGGUGUGAAUCCCAUCAUGGGUGCAGAUCCCAACGCGUGGCCCAAUGGAGAACAACACGUGCAUUCCAACGUGGAUCCCAGUUCAUGGCUCAAUGAAGAACCCAACCUGGAUCCCAACGGAGAUCCCAAUUUGUGGCUCAACCUUAAACCCAGCUUGGAUCCCCAAAGGGAUCACAGUUCACAUCUCAAUGAAGAACCCAACCUGGAUCCCAAAAGGGAUCCCAAUUCACCUCUCAAUGAAGAACCCAACCUGGAACCCAAUGUGGACCCCAAUUCAUGGACCAUCCUGGAACCCAAAGUGGAUCCCAACAGCAAUGAUCCCAAUUCAUGCCCCAUCCUGGAUCCCAACAGCAAUGAUCCCAAUUCGUGUUCCAUCCUGGAUCCCAACAGCAGUGAUCCCAAUUCGUGUUCCAUCCUGGAUCCCAACAGCACCGAUCCCAAUUCGUGUUCCAUCCUGGAUCCCAACAGCAAUGAUCCCAAUUCGUGUUCCAUCCUGGAUCCCAACAGCACCGAUCCCAUUUCGUGUUCCAUCCUGGAUCCCAACACUCAUCCCAAUUUGUGGCUCAUCCUGGAUCAUGACGGUGAUCUCGGUUCUGGUCCCAUCCUGGAUCCCAACAGCACUGAUCCCAAUUUGUGGCCCAUCCUGGAUCCCAAAGGCACCAAUCCCAAUUCAAGGCCCAUCCUGGAUCCCAACGGCACCAAUCCCAAUUCAAGGCCUGUCCUGGAUCCCAAAGGCACCAAUCCCAAUUCAAGGCCCAUCCUGGAUCCCAACGGCACCAAUCCCAAUUCAAGGCCUGUCCUGGAUCCCAAAGGCACCAAUCCCAAUUCAAGGCCCAUCCUGGAUCCCAACGGCACCAAUCCCAAUUCAAGGCCUGUCCUGGAUCCCAAAGGCACCAAUCCCAAUUCAAGGCCCAUCCUGGAUCCCAAUGGCACCAAUCCCAAUUCAAGGCCCAUCCUGGAUCCCAAUGCUGAUCCCAAUUCAUGGCCCAUCCUGGAUCCCAAUGUUGAUCCCAAUUCAAGGCCCAUCCUGGAUCCCAAAGGCACCAAUCCCAAUUCAAGGCCCGUCCUGGAUCCCAACGGCACCAAUCCCAAUUCAAGGCCCGUCCUGGAUCCCAACGGCACCAAUCCCAAUUCAAGGCCCAUCCCCGAUCUCAAUGCUGAUCCCGAUUCAAGGCCCAUCCCGGAUCCCGAUGUUGAUCGUGGUUUGGGGUCCAUCUUGGAUCCCAACACUCAUCCCCAUUUGUGGUCCAUCCUGGAUCCCGAUGCUGAUCCCAGUUCCAGACCCAUCCUGGAUCCCGAUGCUGAUCCUGGUUCCGGACCCAUCCUGGAUCCCGAUGCUGAUCCUGGUUCCAGACCCAUCCUGGAUCCCGAUGCUGAUCCCGGUUCCGGACCCAUCCUGGAUCCCGAUGCUGAUCCUGGUUCCGGACCCAUUGCAGCCCCCCCCAUAGAUCCCGUGUUGGAUCUGGGCUGGUCCAUGGCCGAGGAUCUGGUUCCGAUGCCUGCGGGUGCCCUGCGCCUCCUGCAGCAGCAGCACCGGAACCUGUUGGCCUCCAUCACCAACGUCUCAGUGCUGCCGCUGGAUGGCCCCAACUUCACCGGCCUGCGGCUCCGUGGUGCCCCGUCCCGUUGUGUCGCUGUGGCCAGAUUCGUGCGGAGCCUCGUGGGCUCGUUUUGGACCCGAACGGAACCGCUGCACUUCCCCGGCAUCGCCCGGUUCCUCCUGGCCGCUGGGGGGCGCCACCUGCUGCGACGCCUGGAGGACCAGCACCGCUGCGUGUUCGAGACCCACGGAGUGAGAUGGGAACCACCAGACCCACAGCUGCACCCCAUGGAGCUGCUCAACCGUAUCCAGCACCGGGACCCACAUGGUGUGGGGUGUGAUGUGGGUCUCAGUGUGGGGCGUGUGGGUCGUGGUGGUGCCGUGGUGGAGCCGUGGGGUGACGGUGAUGUGGGGCGCAGUGACGGUGACAUCGGUGAGGGGUGGCAAAGGGUCCUGAGAUGGGGCUGGGGGGGUCUGCAAAUGGGGUUGGAGUGUCCAAUGGGGAUGGAAGGGGGUCCCAAAUGUGGUCAGGGGGGCUCCAAAUGGGGGUGGGGGUCUCCAAAGUGA